AUGCGCCAUACUUACCUGAGGUCCAUCCGAAACUUUAGAGAGGCGGGUCGUCCUAUUGUGUACUUGGAUGAGACUUGGCUGAACACCAAUCAUGUAGCGAGGGGAGAUUGGGUGGACUAUCCUAGGACUUCUACCUCUGCCUUUGAGUCACACCGUGAAGGUCAUGGGCGCUUCGUCCCACCUGGGAAGGGGUCUCGUCUGAUAAUUGUGGAUGCUGGUUCUUCGGCUGUAGGCAUGAUCCCGGGAUCAAGCCUAGUUUUUGAGUCGAAAACUGGCACUCAGGAUUAUCAUGAUGAGAUGAACUCAGGAAACUUCACGAGGUGGUUCACUGAGCAGUUGCUCCCUAACCUACCGGGUAAUUCAGUCAUCGUGAUGGAUAAUGCUUCCUAUCACAGUCAUCUGGAUCCUGAGUCUAAGUGUCCGACAUCGUCGGCGCGAAAGGCCGAGAUCCAGUCUUGGCUUGAUAGAAAGGGUAUUCAUUACACCCCGGCAAUGAUCAAGGCUGAAUUACUCACGUUGGUGAAGCAGCAUAAGCCUCGUCCGAAGUAUGUGAUUGACGAUUUGGCUUCACAGGCAGGUCACACAGUUUUGCGUCUACCUCCUUAUCACUGUGAGCUAAAUCCCAUCGAGCUGGUCUGGGCUGAAUUGAAAAGCUUCGUCGCCAGGAGCAACGCCACGUUUAAGAAAGACAAAGUGAUGGAGCUAUUCAAUCAAGCAAGAUCAGCUUACGAUGUGGAGAAGUGGAGGAGGGUCGAGAGCCACGUGAUAAAUGAGGUAGAGACAAAACUGUGGAAACUUGACGGAGUUCAGGAUGACGAGGUCGCUCCGGUGAUCAUUGACUUGACGGACUCCAAGGACAGUGACAGUGACUUAGACUCAGAUUUUGGUGAUGACGAAAGUGACGCUGACUCUGACGUUUCCAUGAACUCCGCCAAGGAAUCUGAUGAUGAAGUCACUUGUUGCAUAUGUGGUGACUAUAAUGCUCCUGGACGGUCACGAAAGAUUGCGUGGGUGAAGUGUGAGUUGUGUAAGAGGUGGAGUCACCGCAUAUGCACCAAGCCCUCUCUAAAGUCAGGUAAGUGCCUCCGAUGUUGGAACAGUUUGUACGGAUUGAAUCCGCUUUCUUCAUGA